AUGGCAGAAUGGCAGGAAAUAUUUCUCCUCCACCUCAUACCUCAGAUCGUGGCGCAGGUUUCCUCUCGGGUGUUCGUGGGCCAAGAUCUGUGCCGCAAUCCACAAUGGCUUCGAAUCGCGGUCAACUACACCACCGACUCUGUGGUGGCCGCAAGGGUGAUCACCCGGUGGCCGAGGGUCUUGCAGCCCCUUGCCCAUUGGUUCAUUCCGGAUUGCCGAAAGGUGCGCCAGCACGUCAAGGUAGCCCGACAGCUCAUGAGGCCGUUCAUCCAGCAGAGACUGCAGGAGAGGCAGAACAAGGAAACCCCGAAGGAAGCCAGGGAUGCUAUUGAGUGA